UUGAUCGUAGAAUUUUCUGGGUCUUAUUUGUAGUUUGUUUGAUUACGAAAGAAGCUGAUUCUGGGUUUUCUUUCUCGAGUUUGCUAGAGUGAUAAAUGGCACAACGUUCUCGUGUACCCAAGUUUGGCAAUUGGGAGAGUGAAGGGAAUGUUCCCUACACGGCCUAUUUCGAUAAGGCCCGCCAGGAUCGAAAUGGAGGAAAGAUUGUGAACCCAAAUGAUCCCCAGGAGAGUCCGGCAUUACAUCAAGAACCAGUAGGACAUGGGCCUGGAAGGAGCAGGGAGGAAGGUGACCUCAAACAAUAUGCUGACUCUCCGGCGCGUAACGAGAACUUUAACCGCAGAGCUUCCGAGGACUCUAAACCUUCUCGUUACGGUGGUGGAGUAAGUUCCGGUGAAGCCCCGAAACGAUCUGCAAGAGCAAGCAUUGGAUCUGAAAACAGCAUAGAUAAAUCACCACUUCAUCACCAGGCACGGGGCGCAGGGAGGGGUAGCAUGGCAUCACCUGCGUGGGAAGGAAAGACUUCAUACGAUAGUAGCCAUGGUACUCCUGGGAGAACCAAAAUGAGGCCAAGCGCUAGAGGCAAUGAAAGUCCUGAUAAAGGUGCUGCUGUUCCAAAAUUUGGUGACUGGGACGAGAACAACCCAUCCUCCGCCGAUGGUUACACUCACAUUUUUAAUCAGGUGCGUGAAGAGCGGAACAACGGAGGCAAGGUAACACCGGGGGAGCGAUCUCCAUACCACACUGCCCGAAAACCAACUAACGGCCGUGCAAAGGGUUGCUGCUUCCCGUUCUGGAGGAAAUGAGCGGAUUUUGCUAUAAAUUUGCGUGGAACAUUGUAAAUACAUUGAAGGCUCCAUCAAAGCAUAGGAAUUUCACUGAAGUUGAGGGUU